AUGGCAGAACCGAACGCGCUGCCGCCGGACGUAAAUCCAGAAAACAAUCCAAUUCCCGGUGCACCACUGAUUAAUCCCGCCCGGCCAAGAAAUAAUGUUCAGAAUCCCCUGAUAAAUGUACGCGAUCGACUGUUUCACGCACUUUUCUUCAAGACGGCCAUCGCUUACGCGCAGACCAUACCACGACCGGUCCGGCGUGCGAUUGAGCUAAUGAUGCUGCUGAAAGCCUUGACGGCAUUUUUCAUCCUUGCCUACAUUCAUGUUCGCUUUUCGCAAACGCCCACCACGUGCCUGGAGCACGUGAAAAACCAUUGGCCACGCGAUGGAAUUCUGCGUGUGGAAAUUGCAAGCCUUAGCCGAAGUGAGUAUGAUUCGACCAAGCCCAUGUCCUCGGAAAUUCUCGACGAAGGAGAUGUAAAUGUGCUACGGAACACACUGAAAAACGGAAUGAUCAGUAUCGAUCCUUCUACGACGCUACCCCACGAAGAGGAACACAAUCAAAACGGUGCGGACACGUUGCUACAACACAGCUACGCCAACAGUAGUCCGCUACCGAGCGAAAAGGCACCGUACGGCCAUGAGCCGAUGACAUCGGGCCUGUUUUCUACCGGUGUCACCAUUAACAGUACACCGUUCCCCGGUGGUGGAGCAAUCGAAGUGAAAGAGACCGACUCGGUUGAUAGGAAAGAAUCUGACACGGUUACCGUGACGGUGGGUCAAAGCUCGGCUGCGGACCAACCGCCGGAUAAUGUGGUAGUUUACACCAACGAAACAAUACUGAAAUCGCUCGAUUCUCUCACCACUCUGGCCGGUGGGGAAGAGCUCAAGUCGGAUGUACCGGUCAUGGAGAAGCUUCGCAAUGCUGUACUAUCAGCAGAUCAAUACAUUGUGGAGUAUUCACUCGAGUAUGGAUUUCUUCGCCUGUCGGCCGCUACUCGCCAGCGGUUGAAUAUUCCCGUCGCAGUCGUACGGCUCGAUCCGCAGGUGAACAAGUGUUUCGGUGAUUCAUUUAGCCGAUUGAUUUUGAAACAUUUCCUCGGCUACGAUGACAUACUGAUGGCUUCGGUGAAGGUGCUGGCAGAGCAGGAAGAUAAUAAGGGCUAUCUGCGCAAUGUCAUCACCGGUGAACACUUUCGAUUUGUGUCGGUUUGGUGGAUGGGCCGCGGAUCGUAUACGGCCGCAUUUUUCAUUAUGGUUCUUUUCACUAUUUCCAUUUCGAUGCUGUUGCGGUACUCCCAUCAUCAAAUCUUUGUGUUUAUAGUGGAUUUACUGCAAAUGUUAGAAUUUAACAUACCUGUACGGUUUCCUGCCGCACCACUGCUGACCGUAAUUUUGGCUUUAGUCGGCAUGGAAGCCAUCAUGUCGGAGUUCUUCAACGACACGACGACCGCGUUCUACAUCAUCCUGGUGGUUUGGUUCGCCGAUCAAUACGAUGCAGUUUGCUGUCAUACAAAUGUCACUAAACGUCACUGGUUGAGGUUCUUCUAUCUAUAUCACUUCUCCUUCUAUGCUUAUCACUAUCGCUUUAAUGGACAAUAUAGCAGCUUGGCGUUGGUCACUUCAUGGCUGUUUAUUCAGCACUCGAUGAUAUACUUCUUCCAUCACUAUGAACUACCCGUCAUCAUUCAGCAAGCGCAGCUGCAGCAAAUCAUCAUCCAGACGCGCAACGAGCAAGCUCGUGCUCAGCAAGGCACCCAACAGCAGAGACCCCAACAACAACAACAACAACAACAGCAGCAGCAGCAGCAACAGCGUCCAACAAACGCCGCCCAGCAGCAACAGCAAGCCAACCGGCGUCCGUCUCAGCGGGCCCACGCACUAGCGACGACAAGCUUGCUGCGCUUGUUGCGGCGCCAAAACGACAACAACAACAACAUCGGUGACAUACUGAACCGCUUUCCGCGCUACAGUCUGCACACACUGAACGUGAACCACUUCCACGGGCUGAACGCAUCGCUGCGCGACAUUGCCCGCAACUCGAUCCAGUACCUACGGUCGAACCUGAACGUGGGCAUGGCGAUGCUGGGUGGUAAUGCGGCCGUCAACCUGUACAACAAUAACAACAACAUGUUCGGCAUGCAGCAUCGUUUCGUGCGGGCAGCCGUUGGGUUGGUGCACAAUCGCAAUCCAACGCUGCAGGAUGCAGCGCCCGUUAAUGGGGACGGUCCUGAGCGGGAGGUGCUCGGUGAGGCACCGAUCGAUCGUCGCAGCAAUUAUCAGCGUAAUUAUGAGGAAAAUAAUUUCAUUUUCCCAGAGGCGGUGCAAGCCACCCAGCAGCAGCAACAACAGUCGACGGAAGCAUCCCACAGUCAGCCCGCUGCUGGGGACAACUUUGUCCCGGACGCCGCGACGACGGCGUCCUACCGAUCGACGUCGAUCGAUGAUGCGCAGCAAAAGACUACGGUCAGCAGCAGUAUGCCACUGGCGCAGGACGUCAGUGACGUGCAUCACGUGGUCAGCAAGCAGCAGAGUGUUGCUGGGACCAUAGAAGUGCCAGUCGUUGCCAUCGUCGACCGAGUGCCGACGACCAGCGACGCCGCUAGUCAACCACCACCCUCUAGUAGUAAUAGUCACGAUGCCGGCAGCAGUACAGGGCUGACGGAGGUAAACGUGCUGCUCGAGACGGAAAGCACACUUCGAAGGCGGCAGCCAACUGAUCCAACCAAACCGAACGAAUCGUCGCUAUAA